CCCUCGCCCACUGGUUGUCCGGGCUGCAGCGUUCGUCUCCUGUGUUCCUGGAUCGCUUAUAAAGGUGGUUUUAACGAAAAAAGUGACAUUCUAUGGUGGACUAAAUGAGAAAAGCCGAUGAUGGGGGUACAUACGACCCUCUGUGUGGUCUUGCUGUCUGGAUUGUUUGCGUCUGUUUUCGGAGAUAAACACUCUCUGCGUUACCUCUGCUUUAUCCAGUCCAAAAGCUCUUCAGACAGAGUCUCUGAGUUCAGUGCAGUGACUCUGCUGGAUGACAGACAGAUUGACUCCUACAGCAGUACAGACGGGGUCAGGACUCCUAAACAGGACUGGAUGAAGGAGAUUACAAGCAGUGAAUGGAAAGCAGGCACUGAUGAGCUGAAGCACGAUGGGGAAGAGUUAAAUGUGGUUCUCAACAACCUGACACAGUAUUUCAGACACAACAGAUCAGAUGGUCACAUUGUUCAAUGGAGAUUUGGCUGUGAGGGUGAAAAACAUUCUGAUGGCUCAGUUCCCAUAUCAAAUUGCAUUAAUGAAUAUGCCUACGAUGGAGAGAGUGUACGAUAUUAUAACUGGUUCUUGAAGGAAUGGUCAUUUUCAGUAAAUGAUAUCAGUGAGAUGGAGGACUGGAAUAGUGAAAAUGCUGAAUGGAUAUGUAAACAAUGUGCACUCUGGCUGAGGCUUUAUUUGCACUACAACAUUACUGAAACCAAACAGACUCCCCCGGAUGUUCAUAUGUUUGUGAAGAAAUGUGCAACUGACUCAACUAAGCUGACCCUGACCUGCAUGGCCACAGGCUUCUACCCCAAAGACGUGGAGAUUAAACUGAGGAAGUUCCGCACUUCACUGCCUGAACACCUACUGACAUCUUCAGGAGUCAGACCCAAUGAUGAUGAAACCUACCAGAUGAGGAAGAGUGUGGACAUCCAGGAAGACGAUACAGCAGAAUACGACUGUUAUGUGACUCACAGUUCCCUCAGAGAACCAGUGAUAAAAAAAUGGGAGCGUCCUCACUCCCAGGUCAGUCUGGGGUUGGCUAUUGGAGUACCAGUUGCAGUUUUGAUUGUGGCUGUGCUGGUCUUUAUCCUGAAGUGGAAAGCUGGAAGGGGAAUCAGUGGAUCGAACAGGAGCAACACUGAAAAAGGUUCCAGAAGCUGUGGGUCACAACAGGGUAGAGUGGAGAAUGCUGAUGAAACCACCCCGAUACUGCAGAGACAAUUCAGUGAUCCUAAUCGGCAAACAGUUCAGUGUCAGAGGAACGGCAGGAACUGCUGAGCUGUUCAAACUCUACACACUUUCCAUUUCAAUUAGUCUUUCCACUUUAAAGUAGUCUGUAAAUGUGAGCUUAUGUGCUCAAAUAUGUAGAGUAGAAAUAGAGUAAAAAUACCAUCCAAUACUUAAAGAACUAAAGAGUACUGUAAUACAUUGAUGAGUUUAUUUGUAAUUCCACACAGCAGCCACCCUGUUAACUGACUUUUACAUUCUAAUUUACAGAUUAAAGUUUACAUUAGUCUUUCCACAUUCAUGUACUUACAUAAUGAAAACGCAUAAGCAGUUGAAAGUAUGAAUAACUAAACUUAUGGUGUUCAGAGUCCCUCAGGGGUCAAGACCAAGAAAUAUCUUUGUAGAACAGAAAAUCUGUGACCACAAUUAAGCACUCCGUACUCUCCAUUUAUAAUAAUAAUAACUUGCGUGACUUUUAACAAUCUGUUAUGUUAUUUGUUUGACAGCUGUAUGUUUGAGAAGUGAAGUGAGGGAUGUUAGAGAUAUGCUUAAACAAUGCUUGGUGGAGGUGUUUAGGGCUGGUAACCCUAAAAAGAUGUGGGAGACUAUGAGAAAUAGAUCAGCAUAUCACACAACCACAGUAAGCCAUUCUUUAUUAAGGAUAACCCUUCACAAAUGAACUGAACACUGGGGAUGUUAGGUUUUCAGAUGAUUCUGCAUCAGUAGCACUGAUGUAGGAGGAGGAUAAGCCAGGCCUUUUCCAGGAUAGUGUGAACAAAAUAGUUCAGUGAUGUGAGCAGAAUGUGUAUAACUGAUAUUUGUGUUGUCCAGUGCUGUGUUUAUUGUGUAUUUAUUAAUAUGUUGUUGAUGUCAACAAACUGCCUAAAGUUUACACUGAGGUCACAGAUUGUAAAAAGUAAAGAACAGUUACAAAUCUGUAGGUAUAGAUUAUAUAUACAGAUUAUAUAUUACAAUCUGUACUCACAAAUAAUAAUAUUUGUGUAAUGAGUCAAUAACUUUUCAUAAUUAUCAACACUUUUUUUUCCUCAUAGGUUUUUAGUAAUUUACCCAAACUCAGUGAAAAUGAUCACACAUGUUUUCUCUGUUCAGUUUUCUGUGUUUGGUUCACUUAGACAGAUAGCAGAAUCUGAGAGGGGUUAAUAAACUGUGUGGAACUGGAUUGUUGUAUGUGCUGCAGGGAGAAGCCACAGGUAGACCCUGUAGAACUGGAUCUACCUAAUCACAGCCCAACCAAUCAAAUGAUGAGAGAAUAUUUAUUCAUCUGCAUUUUAAGGGAUGGGGCUGCCCACCGCUCCGGGCAAGUGUGCUCACUGUCCCCUAGUGUGUGUGCUCACUAGUGUGUAUGUGGUGUUUCACUGCACGGAUGGGUCAAAUGCAGAGAUGAAAUUCCCCCAUUGUGGGACUAACAAGGAUCACUUUAUCUGUACUUUAUCUUUAAGAUAAUGUAAUUUGAUUUGUUUAAUGUGAGUGAUUUCACUGUAUUAUGACCAGUCAAAAUCAUGACCCUCUCCCGCAUCAUUCCUGAAUGUGAGAGUUAGCAUCCAAUUGACCGGUUGCUCUGUUCUCAACCCUCUAAUCACUGCUAAGCAACUGUUAAGGUCUUGAAAUACAAUUUUAUAAGUGCAGUUUGAACAGUGUUUUCUUUACAUUCAGGUCCAGGAUUGUUUUUUUUUUCUUUCACAAGCUCAGUGUUAUUAGGUUAAACGUCCCCAACUGAAACUUCUUUAGGCAGUGUUGAUGGUAAUGUAGGCCAAUCUUAAAAUUCA